AUCAGUUGCACCGCAAGUGAACAGCUGAUAGAACAUUGCUCAUAUUCUUCAGUUUGGCGUUAGACCUUCUUUUUCGAUCGGUCCUUCGCGGAGCAUCUACACGCAAUGGACGACACAGAGCGACGCAACGUGAAGCGCUCUCGCUUUGACCAGACCGAGCCAGAGCCUCGACGCUCCCGGUUCGACCGCCGUUCCCGCUCGCCCCCGGCGCGCAAGCCUGAUUCGGGCCGGGAUCGUGAGCGCAGCCCUCUCUCGAAACCUCGCGAUGCACCUGCACCCACCGACUCCAAGUCUCCUCCCGUGGACCCCGCUGCUGCCGCCGCUGCUGCGGCCGCCCGAAUCAAUGCACAAAUCCAAGCCCGUAAGGGCAUCCAGCAUGUCGACGUCCCUCCCGUGCGCUCGAGCUCCGUCACCAGCAACAAGGCGUCGACUGGCUCCGGUGCCAGCACCAUCAACGGGGAGAUGUACAUUUCCGAUGGCGACUAUAUCAAGGAUAUCGAGGUCAACGACUUGCGCAACCGAUACCUUCUUACAAAGGGCUCAACUCAGAAGAUGAUCAAAGAAGAAACUGGUGCUGAUGUUACCACGCGCGGAAGCUACUAUCCGGACAAGAACAUGGCCACUCCCUCGAAUCCGCCGCUUUAUCUCCAUGUUACUAGCACGACAAAGGAGGGCCUGGAGAAGGCCGUGGCCAAGAUUGAGGAGUUGAUGAAGCAGGAGUUGCCACAACUCGUUGACGAGCGCCGUUUCCGUCGGCGAGAGCAGGAGCAGCACGUGGAGAGAGACGAGUUUGGUCGGCGCAAAUGGCCGGAGGAGAAGAUCCCCAUUGGUCUUGAACCGAUCCCUGGCUUUAACCUCCGUGCCCAGGUUGUUGGACACGGCGGAGCCUAUGUCAAGCAUAUCCAGCAAGAAACUGGCUGCCGAGUGCAGAUAAAGGGCCGCGGAUCAGGCUAUAUGGAAGCUUCUACGGGCCGAGAGAGCGAUGAGGACAUGUUUUUGCAUGUUGCGGGUCCGGAUCCCAAGAUGGUCGAGAAAGCCAAGGAGCUUUGCGAAGAUUUGCUGGCCAAUGUCAAGGAGCAGUACGAAGAGUUCAAGAGCAGGCCGCCCCGUGGAUACGGCGGUGGCGGAUAUGGAGGUCGCGGUGGUGAUUCGUACCAUGGUUACAAUAGGGACACCCACCAUCAUAACAACAGCCACAGCUACGGAAAUUCGCCUGCGCCUGGAGCUGCUGCCACAGCCACCCCACCAACAUCUACUGGCACCCCUGCGUCGGCCGCCGACUAUGCUGCGCAAUAUGCCCAGUAUUAUGGCACUGAUCCGUAUGCUGCCUAUGGUGGCUACCAGGCAUACGUUCAAAUGUACCAGCAGUGGGCGGCUGCGCAAGCCGCUCAGGCCGGGCAGGCCAGUGCUGCUCCGGGUGCCGGGGGUGCCGCGAGUGCUCCGGGCGCUCCGGGUGCUCCCGGCGCUUCGGGAGCAUCUGGAGCUCCGGGUGCGUCGGCGUCCCCGCCGCCUCCGCCUCCAAGUGAGGCUGCUCCUCCUCCGCCCCCUCCUUCCGCGGCCCCGCCGCCGCCGCCUCCGUCUGGUCCCCCAGGUGCGAGCGGGUACAACGCGCGUCACCCACUCCCCCAACUCUGCUUGGCCGCGCCAUGUGCAUCGCCAUGGUUGCCCACCAUGAGCCAUCAACGAUACCCAUCCAUUGAUGCUGUCAAAGAGCCACACUCUGUGUCGCUAAAGGUUCUGCGCCUCUCCCGCCCUUCCCUCGUCGCCCAAUAUCCCCUUCUGCCACCCCCUUCCUCCUCCCCCGACGACCCUCUCUCCCACCAGCCUCCCAUCCCCGCCUCCCUUGCCUACAGUCACCAUGGCGCCGGCGGUGUCAUCCCACCGACAAAUCCGGCCCCCUUCGUCUUGAGCCCCAUCCUCAACCUGCCCCCGUCCUUCGGCUCGGCCUACGUCGGCGAGACUUUCAGCUGCACGCUGUGCGCCAACUACGACGUCCCGGAGGACGGUACGGGGGCGGGACCAAAGAAGAGCAUACGCGACGUGCGCAUAGAAGCCGAGAUGAAAACACCCAGCAGCAGCAGCAGCAGCAGCAGCAGCGCCGCCGCCGGCGCGUUCCCCGCGAUCAAACUGCCGCUAUACCCGCCCUCAGCAUCGCACGCCGGAGACGAACACGGAGGCUCUGGAGGAGGAGGAGGAGGAGGUGGUGGUGGUGGUGGUGGUGGUGUCGACCUCCCCUCGCCAGGGACGUCGCUGCAAAAGAUACUCUCGUUCGACCUCAAGGAGGAGGGCAACCACGUGCUGGCGGUCACGGUGUCGUACUACGAGGCGAGCGAGCUCUCGGGCCGCACCCGGACGUUCCGCAAGCUGUACCAGUUCGUGUGCAAGGCGUCGCUCAUCGUGCGGACCAAAGCCAGCCCGCUGCCGGCUGUUGGCCCGGGGGAAGAGCAGGGAGAGGGGGAGGAGGAGGAGGAGGAGGAGGAGGAAGAAGAAGAAGAAGAAGAAGAAGAAGGAGAGAAAGACGAGGGGGAAAAGGGCGGCCGAGGGCGGCCGAGGCUGAGGAGGCGGUGGGUGCUGGAGGCGCAGCUGGAGAACUGUAGCGAGGAGGGCAUCUUGCUGGAGAGCGUCGGGCUGGAGCUGGAGAGCGGAUUGAGGUACGAGGAUUGCAACGACUGGCAGGGCCAUGCCGACGGCGGGGCGGUGGGUAGCAGGAUGAAGCCGGUCCUGCAGCCCGGGGAAACGGAGCAGGUCUGUUUCGUCAUCGAGGAGGAAGGGGAUGCGGUAGUGCAGGAGGUCGAGGGGCGGGUGGUGUUUGGGGUUUUGCAGAUUGGGUGGCGGAGCGAGAUGGGAAAUAGGGGGUUCUUGUCGACGGGGAAGUUGGGCACGCGGUUUGUGAAGCCGAAAUGAGAGAGCUCGAACACGAAUGAACGGCGAGAGGAAGGUGAGAGGUGAGUGAUGGGCUCUAGCAGUCCGCUUAUUCAUGGGCUACGCCAGAGGUUCUAAAAUGGCAAGAAACCAGCGGGUUCGUUGAACGGCAGCUGGUUGGGACUGACG